GAUCUGGUCACCACCACCACGGCUGCAACCACCACCACCAUCACCACAUGGCACCGGCGAGGAGGAGGGAGAGAGGAGAGAAAGAGAGGCGUGAGAGAAGAAGAGGGAAGAGGGAAAAGAGAAGCUUGACGGCUAGGGUUUCCAAGUCUCUCUAAAUCUCUGCAGAGCUUCGCUCAAGUUUCAGAAAAUGAGAGAAAAGAAUGGGCUGCAUCUCUUUAUAAAGGAAAGGGUGAAGGGAACCCUAGGUUUUUUGUGAAAUGGGCCGUAGAGAAGCCCAUUCUUUUAUGAAAAUUUUUGGGCCAGGAACCGGGCCGUUACAGAAAAUCUCUCAUCUGUGCCACAUAAGCAACAAACCAGAAUCAUGAACCUACUUCUUGUACACGGUGCUCGAAUUACCCAUAAGAACAAGUUGGGUUUAUCUGCAGUGUGGAGCAAGUUCAGAUUCUAAGUGUGCGAUCAAUGGUGGCUUAAUCUAAGUGUGCGAUCAAUGUUGGGUUUAGAAAAAGACAGACUCUGUGAUGGGUCCAACAUUUAAAGAAUAUGAUUGUGAAUGUAAUGUCUUAUGUGUUGGACUUGUACAAAAAAAAAAGGUACGACCUUUAUUCAGUUUUUGUGGGAAUCUCACAUUGCAAUUUGUGUCCAUGAUCAUUGUUUCGUUUCCUGACAGCUACUUGUCCUUGAAAUGGGUUUGUGGGAUCGCAUGUCUGUAAAGAAGCUUUAGAUCAUGGCUUAUCUGUCUCUAGCCUUAGCAGAUCAGGUAGGUCGUCUGUACAAGAGUCAUGGGCUUCCAGAGUUACAUGGCAUCAAGGUACUUGUUAGAUCACCUCAACAUGUUUUAGGAACUAGAAUGUUUCCUCUAUGCUACUUCCAGAGUUACAUGGCAUCAAGGUACUUGUAAGAUCACCUCAAUAUAUCUUCUAAAACACUUCCAUCCUACCAUUUGGUUCUCGUGUAUUAGUUUUUGUUUGUCUUCUCAAAUACUUGUAAAAAUCUAAAACACUUCCAUCUUACUAAUUGGUUCAAUUUCUAAAAAAAAAAAAAAAUUAAGAACCUCAUAGGGGUUCUUCCUAAUGGCGCUUUGCUUAAGGAAGCUAGGUCCUGCAUAGGACUGCAUCAUAUAGAACCGGAAAGAAUUGAGCAUUGGGCUCAGGACCACUUACCGGCCCAUGCAGCCCACAGUAAUGUAACUCACAAAUCCCACAACACAAGUAGGUUCGACUUUUCUAAUUAUAAAUCGUACCGGUUAGGUGUUAAAGCAAGAAAUGUCCGGUCCUGAGCUGAUAUUUCCCAAACCUGUUAACCGUUGAAGAAGUUAUUAAUAACCAACCCGGUUCGCACAGAAACGAGUCCCAUUGACAUCCCACGUGUCGCUAAUGAAGAUGGACCAAAAGAUUGAAAGGCUAAGAAAAAUCACAUUGUCUGGCAGAAACAACAACACUCACAAGGAUCCUCUUUUGUUUUGUCCGUACUGAAACGAUGGACAAUUCUGUUCGAAUCUCCUCCUCCGUCUUAAGAUCAUCCAAUCUCUGUCUGAUAAAUCAUAGAUCCUCAUCUUCCUCUAGAUUCCUCUGCUCCCAAAGAAACCCCGACGAAUCUCCCGAAAACAACAACGGUGAUAAUAGAUCGUCGAGGGAUUGGGACAAAGCGUGGAAGAGUUUCAAGAAACAAAGCAAGAAGACGUUCUUCUCUCAGUUCAACGUUGACAAGUACGUGACGUGGAAUCCUCCGAGAUCGGAGUUUCCAUUGUCGGAAGAAGUUGAUCCUAUCAAAAGAACAGAGAGAUCCAAUCUCAUGCUUUGGACAAGUCCAAAGUUUACAUUAGUUGGAGCCAUCGUCAUUGUCUCAUUCCUCCUUCUCUACACCAUUCUUGCACCUGUCAAGUGAAAAUAUCUUUUCGUUUUCGUAUCCACUGCAAAGGUUAUUUAUCAUCCUAAUGGUGUAUUUACAUCAUGCAUUUACCGAAGAACUUCUAGUUUUAGCAAAUGGGAGGGUGCAAUUUUUUGAUUGUGAUAUAUAUUUUGAUGGUUCCUAGUAAAAAUUUGUCACUAGUUAAAAUCUUCGGCAAUUAAAGAGGCAAAUAGAAUCAGGCUGCCGUUUAUGUCAUUAAAAUACUUGUUCUGUUUCUUUUUUUUUUGGUCAAUUGUUCUGUUUCAUAUUAAGUGUUGUUAAUAUUACUAGA